AUGGUGGUUGGACUACCUGAGCUAACAGAAAUAAGAGAUGUGUGUGAAGGCUGUGUCUCAGGGAAGCAGCAUAGAGAAAAAUUUGACAAAGAGGGAGCAUGGAGAGCAAGCUGUCCAUUAGAGUUGGUGCACACAGACCUAUGCAGACCAAUGCAAAAUGAGUCAAUUGGUGGAAACAGGUACUUCAUCACAUUUAUUGAUGAUUUCUCAAGGAUGUGUUGGGUAUAUUUCCUCAUAAAUAAGUCUGACACCUUCAAUGUGUUCAAGAAAUUCAAAGCGUUUGUUGAACUGCAAAGUGGUUAUAGUUUGAAAAGACUAAGGAGUGAUAAAGGUGGUGAAUACACCUCACAUGAGUUCCUAGAUUAUUGUGCAAGCAUGGGAAUGGAGAGGCAACUAACCAUUGCCUACUCUCCUUAG